UGCGAUCCUCGAGGAUAGGGUGAACCACGACCGUGGACUUCUCACCUUCCAGUUGACGCAGGUGCUCAUGGGUCAGAGAAUAUUAUUAUGCCUAUGGCAGACUUAGUAUCAUCGUCCCUGUCAUUUGGUUGAUACAUUUACGGGAAUAUAAAAUGCCGAGACGAGCUAUAGUGCUUUCGCUUACUUGUAUAAAUCGUUCAUUAUCAGUGAACUCAAGCAUGAAUUAUCGAAAAACCGAUUCGAGAUUACUCGAACUACGCGUAACUCGAGUUAGAAAUCGAAUUGAACAAUUGCUAACUAGCGCAACAUUUUGUUGUUUUCAUUUAUCAUUGUUUUGUUUUGCUUAUAGUGUCGUUGUAUUUAAACGCAUAUAUUUUCUAUUAUUAAUGUAACAAAAGAUUAAAAAUGUUGCGAUUCAAAAUUAUUUCGUCACGGACAGUGGAUAGUUCUGAGACCGAGAAGAAAUUUGUAGCCUACAUGGUACAGGUGAAUCGAGAAACGGAUUUGGCUGAUCAAGAUCCUGCGAACGUUGAAAGAAGAUACACCCAUUUUUUGGAUCUAUAUAAUGGUUUAAAAAAGGAACAACCGACGCUGCUUAAUAAUUUAUCAUUUCCGAGAAAGACUGUAGUAGGCAACUUUGAUGCCAAUUUAAUAUCUACUCGUUGUGCAGCAUUUGAAUCACUGUUGGAUUUAAUGAGCAAUGACUCAAGACUCCGAGAUUGUCCGGCAGCAAUCACAUUCUUCCAGGAUGUGGAAUUGAGUGAAGCCAAGAGACUAAUUAAUGAGGGUAAAUUUGACCAGGCACUGUCCAUACUAGAAACAAGUUUCAAAUUAUUAAAUAAGGUUUAUACAGACAGAUCAAGGGUGGUGCUUUGUGCUCUUUGUCGGAUUGUGGCAUGCGCUGGAGCUAGUGAUGGUACAUUAGCAGGGCCAGUGGAACGGUGGGCACAGCUUGCAUUACGAAGAUACGAAGCAGUCAGUGAUUCUGAUUUACUCCUGAUAUACAUACCAUUGCUUCACACUUGCAUAAACAUUUGGGAAACACUUGGUAGAGAUAAAUCGAAGUUAGUUGAAGAACUAAAUGACCUUCGCAAACGAGGAAUGAAGGUGGAUUCCGUGCCCACAUUAAUGGAAGCAGUCGACACUUUAGACACCAUGUAAUUAUUAAACAUCAAUAUAUAAUGACAUAUACCGAGAGGUAUUUAAAGGAAUCAUCAUUAUUAUUAUGAUUUUAAUGUUCGGUAAUGUAGACUCCAGCUUUGAUGUAAUUAUGAAAGUGUCCUUUGUUAUUUUUUGUGUUCAAAUAUGGCAACCUAAUUUUGUAUGGUGAUGAAUAACCCCGCUGUAGUCUAUGUUUGAAUUGCCUGCCACGUUCUCUAUUGUCUUCGGCAUAUAAAUUUAUCUCUAAAGGCUGAUUGAUAUAUAUAUAAUAUCAUCUCACUGUAGCUUUCAAUAUUACUAUACACAAGUAAAUUGUAUUGCUUCCUAGUAUAAUAUUAUUGUAGCUAUUUACAAUGUAAGAAUAACAUUUAUUUUUAUUAAGAAAACUAUAAAAAAAUUACAAACACACAAUGCGAUAUUAGUUUUAAGGGAUUGCAUAUAUCGAAGUUAUAGUAGGUAAUUUUUUGACAACUAUUAAUUUUAUUAAGUUUUUGAUGAAAAAUAAUAAAGAUUGACCGAUUUUCAUUCGAAUUGAAAGUCUAAAUGAAAUCGAAUAAUUAAUGCCACGUCUUUGCGCCCAACCUAAUGAUGAAUGAAAUAUGUAAUGCACCGGUCCUUUGACGACUCGCUCCUCAUCUAUUGUACGUGGAUAGAAGCCAGGAACCUUACUCUUAAGUGCCAACUUUGACUGUGCAAAGUUUUCAACUAUUGCAGCUAUCACACGAAGAAAUUAAAGAACCUCUAAACAUAAACAUAUUAGCUGUACCCGUCCGCUUCGCUGGGCAUUUAAAAUUAACAUUAUCAUUUCUCACCCCCACAAAGAUUCUCAUCAUUAACGCCCCCGCAACUGGUGUAGGGAGUCCAUCACUCAUAUAAUUAUUAGCCUAUCCAUUAAUAACGUGUAUUUUCUACAUGGAUACCAAGUUUUAAGUCAAUCGGAUGCAUGGUUCAGUAGUUCAGGAACAUCCGUUGAAGUCGUCGUGGCCUAAAGGAUAAGACGUCCGGUGCAUUCGUGUUGAAGCGAUGCACCGGUGUUCGAAUCCCGCAGGCGGGUACCAAUUUUUCUAAUGAAAUAUGUACUCAACAAAUGUUCACGAUUGACUUCCACGGUGAAGGAAUAACAUCGUGUAAUAAAAAUCAAACCCGCAAAAUUAUAAUUUGCGUAAUUACUGGUGGUAGGACCUCUUGUGAGUCCGCGCGGAUAGGUACCACCGCCCUGCUUAUUUCUGCCGUGAAGCAGUAAUGCGUUUCGGUUUGAAGGGUGGGGUAGCCGUUGUAACUAUACUGAGACUUUAGAACUUGUAUCUCAAGGUGGGUGGCGCGUCUACGUUGUAGAUGUCUAUGGGCUCCAGUAACCACUUAACAUCAGGUGGGCUGUGCGCUCGUCCACCCAUCUAAGCAAUAAAAAAAAAAAAAAAAAAAAAAAAUCCGUAAAAACUACUGUAGAUUUAUAUAUUAUAUAUUAGUACUAGCUGACCCGGCAGACUUCGUAGUGCCUCAAUCGAAAAAUAAAAGACAAAGUUUUGUAUAAAAUAAACUUAAAACAAACAAAAGGAAUUUGUCCGACGGGGACACAUCAAAGGAAAAACAAAAUUGGUAUUUUUAUUUAAUUCCGAGCAUUUUCAUAUUUAUGUAACUUUUAAACCUUCUCUGGACUUCCACAAAUAAUUCAAGACCAAAAGUAGCCAAAUCGGUCCAGCCGUUCACGAGUUUUAGCGAAACUAACGAACAGCAAUUCAUUUUUAUAUAAAUAGAUAGAUAGAAGAUAGUUAAAUAAAUAAUUGAUUGUCUACCAUUUUGUUAGUUUUUUAUACAGACAAAGGAUUAAUUUUGACAAAAAAUAAAAACAUUCACAUCACAACAACAUUCACACGUGGUUGAAGUGAAACCUUCAAAAAAUUUGGCUUCAAGAUAAUGAGACGAAUGUAAAAUUUCGGGAAGAGGAUAAUUAUUAUUGGACGUUUUAGUAAUGAUCAUAGUGAUGCAAAGUUUGAUAAUUAUUUUGCAUUUUAUUCGUAUAUAUUACAUAUAUGUAUUCAGAACGUAAUAAGUACGAAUAUCAGAUACGAAGCAGAUCACAAAGAGAACCUUUUUUUGUGUUUGAGAGAGUGGCAGGUGGGCGAGCACAAAGAGAUACACUAAUUUUAGAAACGCUUUAUAAUGUUUUCUAUCUCAUUUUCUCCCACGUUAAAUCAUAGAAUUUAUGUGUCUGUCUCUUUUUACUGUCGCUUUUUCGUUUCAUCGACUUUCAAAUCACAACGAUGCUAAAGAAGUUUUUACUUCAAAAAUCACGUUACCAUUCAUAAAACUCAAUCCGUAAUGCGUUAGGUUUUAAUAAUAUCAAAGAGUGGCAGAUCAGUGCAGUGAUUGUGUUAAUUAAUUUUAAAAUAUGUAACUGUCAGUACACCUUAUGUUGUUUAAAAAUUGUUUUACUGCAAUUCUUUAUGGUUAACCAUAUAUUAUAAUUUUUCAAUAGUAACGAAAACGCUUUAAUUAUAAAUUUGAUAAUAAAUACGGUUUUAAACUCAAGAAUAUUUUCUAAUCGGCUUGCUAUUAUAGUUGAGUUCUUUUUGUGUGAUGUUCGAAUUAACUGUUUAUCUCAAAAACAUUAAAAACCUUUGUCUUCUUUUGAAUUACAAGGCUUAUGAUGUAAUAGAAUUAUAUUAUUUACAUUCUUAUUGUAAAAUAUUAUACAAAUUGUCUAGUCUUUGAUAAAAGUUUAUUUUGACUCAUAAAAUCUUUGAAUCUUUUUAUAAAUUAUGUUGAUCAAUUUGUUCGAUAAUGUGUAUAUUUGUUUUGAGUUUAUAUUUAAAUUAAAAUCUUAUACUGUAUCAUAGAAUCUGUGUAUAAAUUUUGCACGUUUGAAAAAUAAUGAAAUAUAUUUUGUAAUAAAAUUAAAUCAUAGUCAAUUUAUAUGAUGCAAGUAUUGUAGCGAUAUUAUUGAAAUAUUUAUUUGUGUAGCUUCUAAGUAAGGUGACUGAUGUUUUAUACAUUUUAGUGAUAUUAUAAUAGUUUAAACUA